AUGUCUCAAAGAGUAACCAGAAGUCAGACAACAAGUAAAAAGGUAGCAGUAGUAACAUCAAAUGAAGGCUCUGAUCAUUGGGUUAGGAAAGAUACAUUACCACAAAUAAGACAAGACGAUUUUGACACCACUUCUGAUGAUGAUAGUAGUAGUUCUUCAGAUUAUGAUGAUGAAGAAUAUUCAUCCAAUGAGGAAGAAGAUGAAGAAUUAGAAUCCGAAUCCAAUAGAAAACAUCCGAAACGAAAGGGAUUAAGAAGAAUCAAUUAUAAGGAUUAUGAAACUGAUGAUGAAGAAGAAUUAAUUGAAAUACCAAGAAAGAAACGAAAGAAUAAUAGUACUUUACAUCACAAAUUAAAGCCUUCCAAAUCAUUCAUAACUACACCACUACCACCACAUAAUGCAUUAAUUAGUGGUUCAAGUCAAGAAGAAGAGAAAGCACCACCACCUUCAUCACCACUUCCACCACCAUUAGGCUUGUUAGGUUGUGAUGGUGAUAUUGUACCAUCAUUUUCCUCAUCAAUAUUGAGUGCACUCUUUACAGAGAGUAAUGAUACAACUCAGGAAUCAACUAGUGAAGAUAGUUUGGAUUAUUCACAAAACACAAAUAAUACUACUAACACUACUAAUGUCAUUAUCAAUAAUGGUGAUACUACUAAUAAUAUUGUGAUAUCACAAUCUGAAAAGCCAUCAACACAUUCAUUAUUUCUUUUAAUUGGUCAAUCGGAAUCAGAUGAUGAAGAUAAUGAAGAUUUUGAUACAACUAACAUUAACAGUGAAGAAAUGACUCAUACAUCACCAACACCUCUAAUAGUCAAAGAUGAAAUUCCUUAUUAUGUUAUUGAGGAAGAACCAAUUCAUUCUAAACUCAAUCAAUCCACAUUACAACAUCAUGACAAUGAGCUUGUAGCAUUACCAACUAUAUUGAAACAUAACACUCUUAAUCUACUCAAUACCACUACUAUCAACACUAACAUUACUAAAAAGAUGAACAUUAACAACACUACUAAUAAUCAUCUUAACAAUAUAACCAUCAUUGAAAUAGAUUAA